AAUUAUCUGUUCCGCUGAAUAGGUGUGGACGAAGUGGCAAGACCUGGAUUUGUUACAUCUUUUGGUCAAAAUGAAGUGAACGCGCUCUCAUUGUUUUUUCUUGGAUGUGCACAAGCGACCAGCGACGGGGUUGAGAUUCUUCCGCCGGGAUGGCUACCAAAACCUACGACCAUUUGUUCAAGCUUCUGUUGAUCGGCGAUUCCGCUGUUGGUAAAACGUGUCUGUUGUUCCGUUUCUCCGAAGACGCAUUCAACAACACCUUCAUAUCCACUAUCGGAAUCGACUUCAAAAUUCGUGUGGUUGACUUGGAUGGAAAACGUGUCAAGCUGCAAAUAUGGGACACUGCCGGUCAAGAGAGAUUUCGAACCAUCACGACAGCCUACUACCGGGGUGCCAUGGGAAUACUUCUCGUGUACGACAUAACGUCGGAGCGUAGUUUUGAGAAUAUUAAGAAUUGGAUGCGAAAUAUUGAAGAUCACGCAUCUGCUGAUGUCGAAAAGAUGAUCAUCGGCAACAAGUGUGAUAAAAACGCUGAACGUCAGGUCAGCAAAGAAAGGGGCGAAGCAUUGGCGAUAGAGUAUGGCGUGAAGUUCAUGGAGACUAGCGCGAAAGAUGCGAUUAAUGUUGAAGAAGCUUUCUACACCUUGGCCAGGGAUAUCAUGGCGAAAGCUGAAAAGAAGCUGGAGAGCCAGCAUGCCGCAGGAAAAGCCGGCCAUCAACUCCGUGCUCAAGAACCUCCAAAGAAGUCAAUGAGCUGGCUUCAGCGGUGCACGCUACUGUGACCAUGUUCAAGAACAGAAAAUGCGAUGUGUUUCACCUUCAUGAAUCGAAUAGUUCACUCCUCUGUUGGGCUUCUUUCUUCCUUUUUACCUGCGAGGUGUUUACAGAUAAAUGAGAGUUAUUCCUAUUUAUUCCCCCUCGUGCGUUGUGGAGUUAAAAUGAGAAAUGACGGAUAUAAUAAAGAACCGAGUGGGGGUAUGCUUUGCAAAAUUGUUCGUACCCUGCGUUUGGGAAUCGUUUGUGCUUCCAAAUAUGCGAAAUGUUUGAUCGAGAAAAUUAAUGCAGGCUUACUUUUCCUGGGAAUUCUAUCCUAGAAUUUUGAUGUAGUUUUCCAUAGAUUGGGGCACGCCAAUUGGAGAUCAGAGUCUGUUUGCAUUGAUAGUGAAUUUUCCCAAGAGUGUAACCAAACCUUGAGGCUUCUGACAAAAUUCCGGACACUUAUUAAAAAAAAAAAGUCUGAAAUUAGGGCCCUAUUUAAUUUAGGGAGAUUAUUUUAGGCAUUAUAAUCUGGUGAAGAGAUUGACAUUGUUGCGUAGGAGAUGGGAUUGACAGUUAUUUCAUGAACAAACAAUUUUUGGUUUUGGCAAUUAUGGGAAUGCGGGUUUUUAAAAUAAUGCCUUUUAAAUAUCAUCCUAACGUCAACAAUUUUAUGACACUUUAUUCAACUCAGCUUCAAAUAGGUGACUGAUCUAUGAUUUUUUCGAGCAAGAAUUUGUUAUAACAAAUUAUUGCUCAAAAAAAUUGUUUUUGAUGCUUGCCAGAUCGUGAAUUUUUUCUGUGGAAAAACUGCUGUUUGUCUUGUCCCACUGGCUUUGUUACAGGAUUUUUCUGUAAUUUUAAAGUUAGGCAAUGUUUAUUAAAAAUAUAUGAAAAAGCUGUGAAGAUGCCAAUCAACCAGCACUCAUCAGGAAUUUGAAAAAUUCCCUGUAAAUUGACAAAAUUGAACUGCCUGAUAAGGACAAUUCUGCCUAGUUUUUCCUGCAACCAGCAAAUAAUUCAUGCAUUUGCAACCUCAGGGUCUACAUAUGUAGUACAAUACUGUAUCUGUACUAUUUGCCCUUGAAUUAUUACCGUAUUAUCCAUAUGUAAUCCUACCUUUUCAUACUGUUCCUUGCAUGUAUAAAUCUUCAUAAGCUUGUUGCUGUUGUGUGAAUAUGCACAGGACAGAAGAGGUCUGGGAAAAGUGAAAGGUUUGUGAUGAAGCAAGUGAUCAAAAUAUAAUUGCAAAGGUUACAACUUUAAUUAAUCUAUUCAAUGCAUUACUGUACUGUGCGUUGCAAUUAUGCGGCUG